AUGGGCGUUUUUUUGUACCAAACUAACAAACAUGCCAGUGCUGGAUUGUACAGGUCUAGUGCGUUCUUUAAACCGAAGUGUUUGACAACGUCCGGCAAGCGGCCGGACAUCAUUCGUUCGGCGGGAGGUCAGCGCCAGGUAUUCAAACAACGGAAUCUAAGUACUUGGGUAUUUUCUUCGCCAAACGAAGUGACGAAGGGGGAAGGAAAGAACGUUCCGCACGUUGCGUGUUUCAUUGUGCUACCGCCUGCUGUCCUGGAUGUCUCGCAGGGCCGCUUGCAGGUUGCCGGUCACAGUCGGACCAUGAUAAUCAGAAUCCAGCGCCACCGGGCGCUGGGUCAGCCCCUCGUUUUUGUUUCCAUUACACUGGUCAUACUUGCUACGGCAAGUUUUCUUCUUAGAAGCCAACAAUACAAGUCGAUACAACUGUCGGAAGCGACCGACUUCACCAAGCCGCCGCCCUUGGGUGGCGCAACAACUACGCAGGUUCAUGUGAUACACUCCGACACUGAGGUUGAUAGUCACCAGGAAGUACCGACACAGGAGGAGUUCGAGGAGGAGAGUAGGAAGCUGUUGGAUGAUCCUGAGGAGGGCGCAAUCUACGGAAACACCCUCGAGACACUCAUCGAUAAAAACAAGCGAACGGCCCAACAGAACAAGUUCCUCACAAGAUCACGGAGCAAGGUGCCCUAUAGUAUCGACGAGCCGUAUAUCUUCAACCCAUAUCCACAAUACAACAGUCGAACCUGGAAGUCGUCGCACUCCGCCUAUACACCAUGCUUGGGCCCAACUGGGAAAGAGGUUGAGGAUAUCCACGUCUUCAAAGGGCAUCCAUCCAGGUUCCCUGAGCCUGGUUUCGGUAGCUACGAUCUUUUGGGAAUUGACAAGAAUCUUUGCUUUGAACGAAGGACUCGAUUAGGCCCGUACGGGGUGGCGCCCGUGGAGGAUAAGGAUGGGCUGCCGUUGGAUUGGGAGACGGCGGACUGGGGAGAGCUUCAGUUGCAGUGUUUGCACACGAACAAAGGUCGAUUUGCGACGGAAUAUCCUACCAACACCUUCUCCGACGGCGACAGCGGGUUCCAUGUGGCGACAGAAAGAAAACACAAGGCAGACGGACCUGCAGACUCAAUUAUGAAGAACAUGAAACAAUGGUGGACUCCGAAAAAGCAAUAUGGAUCGCUGACGAACAUGACGGGUAGAACCGACAAGUCGGCAACGGAGCUAAGAAGCGCUGUUCUUCUUCGCUCUUAUACGGGGAAGAAAUACACAGAGAACGACAAGCAAGUUAUCAGAUCCAUGGUGACAGAGCUGAGCUUGCGAACAGGAGGACAAUAUCAGGUCUUCCUUUUCGUUCAUGUCAAGGAGAACCGCGACAUUUGGUCGGACGACGAAGCAUAUGAAGACAUAUUGGAUACCGCGGUCCCUGUCGAAUUCAGAGGGAUGACGGUACUUUGGGAUGAGGCAUCCAUGAAGUUGGUAUAUCCUAAACUGAGCAAGGAGGCGAUCCAAGUCCACAACGCACAGUUUCUGUCUGUACAAGUAUUCAUGCAAAAGUUCCGAGAGAAGCAACCAAGAAAGGGGCUAUGGGAGCGAAACGAACGGUUUUAUAUCCCAUCUUACCAUGGCGAUUACGACACGGUAUUCCGCAAGAGCGUUGAACAGGCGGCUGGCCAGGAUUCCAUAUGGGGUGCCCCUAACUUACCCGUCGUCAACCCAAUCGGGCCAAAACCACCACUUCCAGCACCAGAGCUGGAUCGAUACGAGUGGGGUGUCGGCGAGGAAGCUGAUCUCAUUACCCUGUCGCCGAUGUUCAACCCUAUAGACAGCAACUGGGUUCUGCGCGAUCAAGUGUGGGGUUACCAAUCUGACGCCUUCCCAGGCAAAGAUCUCCCUCGCAGGGCAACCAUCAUCACGCAAGUGCGAUUAUCGAGGAAGCUGGUCGAUGCCAUGCACGCCGGGAAUCUGAGGGGAAGUCACGUCGGCUCCGAGAUGGUAGCCCCGACUACCGCUUUAGUCCACGGACUCAAAGCCGUGUACGCUCCGAUGCCUGUGUUCUUCGACCGGCCAUGGAACGGUACCCAGCUGGCGCGAUGGUUCAACGGUGGACCGCGGGGGCAGAGCGGCGGGUUGGGUAGCGCGAUGGGAUGGGGCAGAGAAGGGAGGUUCCAGGGUGCCACGUGGUACUUCCGCGCCGUUCCGCCGCCACGGUUGUAUAACAACUGGAUGGGAUAUGAAGAUACGGGCGUCGGUGGCACCGAGUGGGAGCGCAGUCAUGGUCGGCCGUGCCUGCCUGCCAUGUUUCUCCAUCCGCUCAAAGACGUCAGGCCGACACCGAAGGGGUAUACAUCUGAGUCGAGGUUGCCGUACUAA